AUGAGGCAGAGACGGGAUGGUGGUGAGGAAGAGACAAGAUGGGGUGAUGAGGCAGAGGCGGGUGUGACUAGGCAGAGGCGGGAUGGGGUGAUGAGGCAGAGGUGGGAUGGGGUGAUGAGGCAGAGGGAAGGGAUGGGGGUUGAUGAGGCAGAGGCGGGAUGGGGUGGUGAGGCAGAGGCGGGAUGGGAUGAGGCAGAGACGGGAUGGGGUGACGCCCUCCCUCCUCCUGGCCCCUCCCCAUGA